AUGGCUAUCUUUGCAUUAACUCUUAUGUUCCUCUUGUGUUCCCCAUCAGUAGCUAUAUUACUCAGCAGGUUACAGCUACCGUCACCACUUACAGGCCCUGAGUCCCUAGCAUUUGACCGAAACGGUGGAGGGCCUUAUGUAGGUGCUUCUGAUGGAAGAAUUUUUAAAUAUGUAGGUCCCGAUGAAGGUUUCAAGGAAUAUGCUUAUACUUCGCCAAACAGGAACAACACAACCUGUGAUGGCCUUGCUGACUUCUCAACACUCCAAGCAACAUGUGGGAGGCCUUUAGGAUUGGGUUUCAAUCAUCAGACAGGGGAACUGUAUGUAGCUGAUGCUUAUUUUGGGCUCGUUAAGGUUGGUUCCAAUGGAGGGCCUCCAACCCAAGUUGGAGUUACACAAGACAACCCUUUUCAUUUUGUUGCUGGGUUGGAUGUAGACCCUGACACCGGAAUCGUUUAUUUCACGGAAGCUAGCGCUAAUUAUCAGAUCAAAGAUAUCCAGACACUGCUAAGCAGCAGAGAUAGUUCAGGAAGCCUUUUCAAAUAUGAUCCAAGCACAAACCAAACCACAGUGUUACUCAGGGGUCUUGCUCUACCAUCUGGGGUGGCAGUAAGCAGAGAUGGCUCAUUUGUCCUUGUUAGUGAAUUCUUGGCAAACAGAAUUCAGAGAUUCUGGGUCAAAGGGCCGAGAGCAAAUUCAUCAGAAUUGUUCUUGCUACUUGCGGGAAGACCAGAUAACAUCAAGAGGAAUUCCUUAGGUCAGUUUUGGGUAGCUGUGAACAGUUACUUAGGACCAUCUCCACCUCCAAGACCUUCUAUUUUACCUGUAGGAGUCAGAGUCAAUGAGUAUGGUUUGGUUUUACAGGUUGUGUCUCUGACUGAGGAGUAUGGUACUGACGCAGCCAGUGAAGUUCAAGAGUUUAAUGGGACACUCUACUCUGGGUCCCUGCAUGCUUCCUAUGCUAGCGUUUUUACGCCCUAG